CUCUCUCUCUCUCUCUCUCUCUCUCUCUCUCUCUCUCUCUCUCUCUCUCUCUCUCUCUCUCUCUCUCUCUCUCUCUCUCUCUCGCACUCUCUCUUAGCCUGUCUCUUUUAUGCUUAGAUAUCCAAGGAGUAGUACACCGAGGACCUCCACAAGCCAGGGCAGCCAUGGCCGCUCUAGUCUGCAGGGCAGUUGCAGCUAUGGUGUACCCUCUACUCUUCGCUGUCAUGCUCCUUCUUCUCCUUCCUCCUCAAGCUCUCUCCAUUCGCAAGCUGGACAUGGAUGCACUGCCAGAUGGUGUCAUUGAUCUUAACGACCCAGAUAUCAACUCCAUCAUGAUGGAUCUCGACCCCUCGCUCCGCAAGCUCAUAGAUAGUCCCGACGAGUCCUCUUAUGGCUAUGAUGCCCUCGGGGGGGAUUGGGGGGGCAACUGCACCAAACCCACCUUGCGUUUUCAAUCUCCCAUCGACAUCCUUACCAAUCAGACGGUCCCUGUCCCAGGUCUUGGCGACCUUCGCAAGCGAUCUCAUUACCCCACCAUCCCUUUGAAUGUCACCUUAAGUAAUGACAACCAUAGCGUCAAGAUCUCCUUUCCCGAGGGCAACAGGCUGCGCAUGCCGAUGUUUCGAGUGCCGCCAUUUAACAAGUCGCUGACUUGGCCUGCGGAGACUUACGUCCCGACGGAGGAGCCACCCAAGGCAGCCACCUUCAAUCUGCGGCAGUGCCAUCUGCACACUAAAGCCGAGGAGUCCAUCGAUGGUCUGAGGUACGACAUGGUGGCCCAUUGCGUGCAUACCAGGACCAACCCCGCUGCUAAUCCUCUGGUCGGCGUCUUCGCGGUGUUCUUCAAUCGGACGAAGGAGAACCGGUGCAACCAGUUCCUGGGCAAAGUGCUGUCCGCAUUUUCGGAUGUUAUUCAGCAGGGGGACGACGACCUGAUGGGACUCACGGGAGUGGACAAGCACCAGUUUUCGCUGAACGAGAUAUUCCCAGAGGAUGGGUCCUACUUCCACUACUACCCGGGUAGUUUGACGGUGCCUCCUUGUACAGAAGGACUGCUUUGGUACUUCUUCAAACAACCUCUGGGCAUAUGUGACUUCCAGUUUAAGAAAUUCCACGAGAUAGUCGACGAACUGCACGGGGAGGUGGCAGGGAACUUCAGAAAAAAACAGCCGCUCAAUGGGCGCAAAGUGUACUACUGGCAGGAUCCUAAGCCUGGUGUGCCCAUCUAAACGCCGGGGACUCCGAGCCGCCGGGAGGCGGGGGGAAGGGAGAGAGGGGCAAUGGGAAUUGUAAGGGAAGUUUGGAUCCGUCGCCCGGUCGUUUGCUGAGUAGCUGAAGGGCCAUCUUUCGCGACGCUUCGGAGUGGAGGAGGGGUUGGAUGUAAUAGGCAGCAAAUUGCUGAUUUCUUAUCAGGAAUGGAUAAGGUUGUGGAUAAGGUCAUCAUUGGCUAUGAUCGGGAGAGGGAGAGACAGACAGAGACUGGUUCAUCCAAAAGAGAGAGAGAGAGAGAGAGAGAGAGAGAGAGAGAGAGAGAGAGAGAGAGAGAGGACUGAAGUUCAAUGUCUGUGCCAGCCUGAGGUUCAAUGUUUGUACCAGGUGCAAAGUCUUGGUCCGUCCGUCCUGGGCAUUCCAAGCUCCCAGUUGAAAUUUUAAAUUUAAAAGUCCGUCUAACGGCUAGUUUUUAAAAUCU